AUGGCGGCCAAGGACGGACCUCAGCUGGCCGAGCUGGUGCACCGCAGCCUGCCCUUCACCAUCCACGGCGCUGGCAUCCAGCUGGGCUGCAUGUGGGAUGUGUACUGCCGCGCCUGGCUGCCCUUUGGCGCGCUGCUGACAGAUAUGGAGGCGGUAGGCAUGGCGGUAGACAGGAGCCACCUGGCGGCGGCGCAGCAGCAGGCACAGGCAGACCAGCAGCGCGCGCAGGAUCGGUUCAGGCGCUGGGCUGCCCGCAAGGUGGGCGACGCCCAGCACAUGAAUGUGGGCAGCGGGGCGCAGGUGCAGACGCUGCUGUUUGCGGGGGCGGAGAACCGGGACAAGGAUAAGGGCAAGGACCCGCUUCCGCUGGAGAGGGUGUUCAAGAUCCCCAACGCGAUGGGGCUGAUGGGCGAGAAGGACAAGCGGCCGAAGAAGAUGUGGGACAUCCGCCUGCACAGCGUGUGGGGCCAGGGCACCAAGUCGCCGCUCACGCCAGAGGUGUUCACACCCGCAGGCGAGGAUGAGGGCCCAGCAGCGCCCCCCGCAGCCGCCUGCGUGCCGGCAUGCAGCACUCCGGUGCUCAAGGGGCUGGCGGGCAAGGCGGGCAAGGCGCGGAAGAAGCUGGCUGAGCUGGGGCUGGAGGAGGAGGCGGAGGACCUCAGCGUGCUGCGCGGCAUCGGCGAGGACGGCGGCGACGCGACGGACGACGAGGCGGCGGCGCUGUCGCUGGAUGAUGGCGAGCUGCCGUGGCCGGUGGAACAAGAGGAGAUUGAGCAGGAGUCGGGGGAGAAGCGGCGGUGCCUGCUGGAGUGGGAGGGCGAGGGGUCGCCGCCGCUGCCGCUGCUCAAGGACCUGUUUGCGUCUGAGCGGCGCAAGGCCAAGGUGCUCAACUUCUCCAUCGCCUACGGCAAGACGGCGCACGGGCUGAGCAAGGACUGGAAGGUCAGCCUGGAGGAGGCCAAGGACACGGUGGACCGGUGGUACGCAGACAGGCCAGAGAUCCGCAAGUGGCAGGACGAGCAGCGGCGGCAGGCGCAGCAGCGCGGCUACGUGACCACCAUCCUGGGCAGGCGCCGCCAGCUGCCCGACGCCGCCCUCUCGCGCAACCGCGCGGCGCAGAGCCACGCCCUGCGCGCCGCCAUCAACACGCCCAUCCAGGGCUCCGCCGCCGACAUCGCCACCGCCGCCAUGCUGCGCAUCAACGAGGACGAGGCGCUGCAGAGCAUGGGCUGGCGCCUGCUGCUGCAGGUGCACGACGAGGUGAUCCUGGAGGGCCCCCGGGAGACUGCGGAGCUGGCCAGGGAGCGCGUGGUGGCGUGCAUGCGCAGCCCCUUCACCGGCCUGGGCCCCAAGCCGCUGCUGGUGGACCUGGUGGUGGAUGCCAAGCAUGCAGACACCUGGUACGAGGCCAAGUAG